AGACUCUGUCUUCCUUACAGGCGGCGAGUCGCGUCCCAGCGCUGCUCUCUCGAGUUCCUGGAAGACACGAUGGCCUGCACCUCAGUACAGAGAGCCAAACAUGUGUCCGGGUCGCCUAGACACAAAGGUCUGAAGAAGACCCACUUCAUCAAGAACAUGAGGCAGUAUGACACGAGGAACAGCAGGAUCGUGCUCAUCUGUGCCAAGCGGUCCCUGUGCGCAGCCUUCUCGGUCCUGCCGUAUGGAGAAGGCCUGCGGAUCAGUGACCUAAGGGUGGACAGCCAGAAGCAGAGGCAUCCGUCCGGUGGCAUGUCUGUUUCUUCUGAGAUGGUCUUUGAGUUGGAAGGCGUUGAACUGGGAGCAGAUGGAAAGGUUGUCUCCUAUGCAAAGUUCCUGUACCCUACCAAUGCCUUGGUUGCACAUAAGAGUGACAGCCAUGGCCUGCUGCCCCAGCCUCGGCCCAGCAUCCCCCGGGCUCUGCCAGGGUCGAGACACAAAUCUGCCACCACCAAGGCAACACCAGCUACCACAGAACUAGGGAGCGAUGGGGGAGACACCCUGGAGUACAACCCCAACCUCCUGGACGACCCCCAGUGGCCCUGUGGAAAGCACAAGCGUGUCCUCAUCUUUGCCUCGUAUAUGACCACAGUGAUAGAGUACGUGAAGCCCUCGGACCUCAAGAAGGACAUGAACGAGACCUUCAGAGAAAAGUUUCCAUACAUCAAACUGACAUUGAGCAAAAUCAGGAGUUUGAAGCGGGAGAUGCGGAACCUGUCUGAGGAGUGCAGCCUGGAGCCCGUGACCGUGUCCAUGGCCUACGUGUACUUCGAGAAGCUCGUGCUACAGGGCAAGCUCAACAAACAGAACCGCAAGCUGUGCGCUGGCGCCUGCGUGCUACUCGCUGCCAAGAUCAGCAGCGACCUCCGCAAGAACGAAGUGAAGCAGCUCAUCGAUAAGCUGGAAGAAAGAUUCCGAUUCAACAGGCGAGAUCUCAUUGGGUUUGAGUUCACAGUGCUCGUGGCUUUGGAACUGGCCUUGUAUCUUCCGGAGAACCAAGUGUUACCUCACUACAGACGCCUCACCCAGCAGUUCUAGCCAGGCCACAGCCUCGAAGGAAGCUACUCAGCAGGGAGGUAUGUUCCUCGGCCAGGGCCUCCAGCACCUGUGUGUCCACCCACCCCGCCUGCUGCCCUCCUCUACGUCUGAGCUUCCUAGCCAGUGCACCUCAUUUCUUUACCGUUUCUCCUUGGAAAGAGACAUUGCUUAUGUCCAAAGUGCACCAGACCCUCUAAGGGUAUCUCAGAAUUUUCCUGGAGCUUUACAUGAGCAGUGCGGGGUCUGCUUGGUUUCUCACAUGCCUGUGGCCAGCCUGGCACCAGGACCUUUGGUUUUCAUGUGUGAUGGUGAAUCCUGAGUUCUGGCCAUCUUCCUCCCUUCGCCUUACCUUUGCAAACCACCAGCUGCAGCCCUAGCAUCACAGAUCUGAGUGUCCAGAUCAGAAGCAUGCCGAGAUUGCCAGGUUUGACUUCUCAAGUAUCCAUCUUGGAUAUUCAUUUUUCUGGAUGUGGCAGAGUGGCCCCAUAGCCCCAGCCGUGUCUCCCAGCAUCUACACCUGCUGGCUCCAUAUUCACCUGAGCCUCCCCCAUCAGCACUGGCUUUGGUGUUAGUUUAAGCCACCAAGAUCAAACUCCUUGUCUGUUCUGAUCUUUCUUUAACUCUUGGACCUGUUUUUAAGUAUCGCAUCACUGUGAAAUCCCACGAUGCUGUGUCCAUGCCCCACAAGGCUUAGCAGACACCAGCCCAGCCUUGGCCAGGCCCCACCCUCUUGCUUCUGAUCAGGAAAACCCACUCACCCACAACACUGGAACUUCAGGACAACUGCUGACUCUUGGCUUUUGACUUUCCUAAGCAAUAAUGUGGCCAAGAAAUGUAUUUUGACUUGGGAUUUGGCUCUGAGGUUUCCCAGUGUGCCUAAGACAUCCAGGUACGGAUGUAGACUAGAAGCCAAGCUGGGAUGAUGGUUGGUUUGGCCCUGGCUGACAGAGCACCAGCUCUCCAUUCACCAGAUCAGGGACAGUGGGUCUUACACAAACUGGUCCAGGGAGCCCCAUGGAAGGCUUGACCUGACACCACAUGAAGGCACCGACCAGUAUGUGAUCCACAGAAUCCGCAGUCAGUGCCUUUUCCCCAUCAGGAAGUAGAUUCUGUCUUGGCCAGUUCAGUCAGCAUGGUGGACCACGCCACAUAGCCACCAUUGUCCCUUCUCUGCAAGACUGGCCACGGGGAACCUGGGCCAUCUGCUUUUCCAAGUUUGUCCAAUAUUUUUGCAGUGGACCACAUGGCUAUUUGCUGCCCCAUCAAAAACACUGAGGAACCAAGGAAUUCUGCUUUUCCUCAGGGGCCAGCUAAUCUCAAAAACAGCCAUUCUGCUGACAUCCUGCAGAUCUGCCUGUCACUGGCAGAGCUAAAGGGAAAUGCUAACCUGCUUGAGGGACUCAGUACUUGCCUGCCUUCUCCCUGCACUCACCCAGGCCCUGAGCAGCAAUAAGCCAGAGCACACAAAGGGAAGACUGCAGGACAGGGAGGAAUCAGUCCUCAUUGGUUUCUCAAGCUAUCAAGUCUCCCAUUCAGCAUGCCAAGGAGUUUCUUCUGUGCACCCAAGGCUAUACCCCAACACUGGGCCUAAAGCCAGGCAACCAUUCCCUUGACUGUCUGCCACCAAAUGUUAUCUUCUGGGCAUUCCACCUGUGAACCCUGGAAGGGGCUGACUCUACACACUGCUCUGGUUUACAACCUACUCUCUGGGGCACAUCCCCUUAGGGCUUCCAUUGAUGUUAGUGUGGAGAAAAUGGCUGAUGAACACAGUAACAACUUAAAGUUAUUUAUGUGGAGAGAUUUAGUCAGUUAUCAUACUGGUCCAUUUGAAGUUCUUCAGUAUGUCCUUUUCACAACGCCAAGAACUGCCACUGUGUGGUAUCUUUGAGAGCUGCU